CCAGAUCUAGGAUUUGAGUUUAUGUCUCAAACUUCAUCUUUCCUCGUUUCCUCCUCCUUGCUCAUCCUUUUUCUUUCUUCUUCUUAUUCUUUCUUUCUCUCUCUUCUCCCUUCUUCUUCCUCUCUCAAACCCAGAUUUGGGUUUUUCUCAAUCGAAAUCAAUGCCUUCUACGGUGGUGAAUCAAUGGUAGGAAAAAGCUAAUGGUUUCUUUUAAUCGUGAAUUUUCUCGAUCUAGAAGAGCAUAGUGAAAUCUUGUCCAGAGAUUUUGAGUGCUGGCUUGAAUUCGUGUGUUUGGAUCAAAAUUUGGUUUCGGUGAACGUUAAUUUCAUGGGUAGUGGCCACGUUUUGGUCGAAGAAAAUGUAAGCUUUAGCUAUGAGAACAUAAAGGAGAGGCAAGGUAGGAAUGGUUUCAAAAGGAGUUCGAGUUCAGAGAAUUUACAAGGGGAAGAAAGUGAGGAAGUGAAUGUUGGGGCUAAAAGCGAUGAUAAAUCUUGGCAAAAACAGAAGAGGAAGGAGAAGGAGCAACAGCCAAGGAGGAAGUGGGAGCCUGAGCAUUUUCUGAAGAUCGUUGAUUGCUCUCCCACCCCAGAAAGACCCUUGCAAGGUCUAUGGAAGGUGUUUUGAAACCCUCAAUCUACAUUAUGCUUGUCCAUUAAAGUUUUUAUUUUUUU